UUCGCCCUCACUUUGCAUUACCGCUCACCUGACCAAGAAGUGGCCUCGUCGCCGUAUGAACAGUGAACGAAGCAAGCAGCGAACGAUAGCGAGAGAGAGAAGAAGUAUCAUCUUAUCACUACGAUUUUGUCUCGGAUCAUUACCCUCGGAGCGAAGUAAAAAUUCCGAUAUAUAGUGCGCAGAGAAAAAUAUAUAGGAAAAGCUGAAAUAGCCGGAUCUCUCGCCGAUGUCGCAGCGGCCAAAGGACCUUUUCAUCAUUGCACGCUGUAUUACAAUCUCUGCGCCGGAAACGGAGAGAUUGGUGAGCGAAACCAAAGUACCGGGUUUGCCAAGAGAGAGAGUACAUGGAAUUGAGAGCACAGCAGCAGCAGAGCACCGAGCGUUUCUUCUGUGAGCAAUCUACGGUUCCAUUUCGCGUGAAAAGCAUAGCGACCAGAGUUCCUCCAUCACUGGUAGGUUGUGGCUGGUGGUUGCUCUUCGGAUUGAUCCUACUUACGUUGCCAGCAAAUCAGUGAAUGCACAAUCUAAUUCUCUUCUAGAAGUCUUCUAAAGUUGAACAAAAAAUCUCACAAUUGACAGAGGUGUCUCUGAUAAAUUCUAAAACUAAUGGUGUGCUCUCUUGUAUUGAUACGCAUAAUCAGCAUUCGGUCGUCACGCUCUCUGUGUGGAGAUGAAUGAUCAUUCCCACGCCCACUACCGGAACUAAGAGAGCAAGCAGAUCCGACAGUUUACAGGAGAGGCUUUUUCGCUUCCGGUAAAAUCGUUAAACUCUCUACCGCGUGGGGUAUGAGUUGCAUUCAUCGGCACCCGAAGGUCAGUAGGCACCGCCCGCCGCCACCACCACCACGCCGUACUCACUGAUGAGCACAGUGUGUUCAACGGAUCUGCUUCCGAGAAAAUUCACCCAAUAUAGAGGUAGGAGAGUCACAUGCGCGCACGGCAGGAGAGGAUCGCGGAUCAAUAUUUGAAUUCACCACAUCAACCUGAGAGAGGCGAUUUAUUCGCAAACGCGCUGCUGUGAUCCGGUUACUGCAGAAAAGCGGAAACAAAAGACGAAAACCGACCGAAAACGGGUAACACUCUGCAGAGAGUAGUUGCACUUGCCUAUCGUAUGACCACCAGUAUCAGGAUCGGUGCACCAUUGGUGGGGUUCGGCGACGGCAGGGAAAGAAGCACCGGCUCAUCGUUUGCUAGGAUUAGUGGACGGGCCGAACCGGAUUCGAUUGUCGCAUGUCGUCCAGCAAUCGGCAUCGGCUUCGCCAACGGUGUCUCAUCGCCCGGCUUGGACACUGUGGCACGUUGCCAAAAAUCCCGGCCACGGGAGAACCAUCACCCGCUCUUAGCAGUGCUGGUGGACAGUGGUUAGCCCAAUUGUCAUCGUUGUCGUCGUCGCUGGCACAACGUGGUCAACGGGCGGUCAACGGCGCAGUAUAAAAACAAAAAAUAAAAAGCAGUAGCAGUGGGUGGCGGCCAGUGCUCGCUCUGCUAAUUUGAGAUAAAAACUUCACUUGGAAAACGGAUGCAAGCGCGCGGGUGUGUUCGGCAGCAGCGACAGGCAGCAACAGUGGUCGUCCCCAUCCGUGCACAAGGUGUUCAAUCUGCUGGCAACGGUGCUUCACCACGUGGGCCGAUUUUUUGCUCUUCGUCCCGUGCCGAACGUCGUGCGAUCAGAGAGAAGUGGUGGUAAACGGGAUUAGCCGAGUUAGGGGUACCUAGCUUUAGGCGAAGGACGAAAAUGAUGUCAGCAGUACAGUCGGGUGCGUCGCAGAACGCAGGUGUCCGAGAGUUUGUCGAAGGCUGGACACUGGGACAAACGCUAGGCGAAGGCGCUUACGGAGAGGUAAAGCUGCUAAUCAAUCGUCAGUCGGGAGAAGCGGUUGCGAUGAAGAUGGUCCACCUGAGAAACCCGGCGCAUCCGGACGCCGAAAGUUCGGUGAAGAAAGAGGUGUGCAUACAGAAAAUUCUGCAGCACCCAAACAUCCUGAAAUUUUUCGGCAAGCGAACGCAGGGGGACAUGGAGUACAUAUUCCUCGAGUACGCCGCCGGUGGUGAGCUGUUCGAUCGAAUCGAGCCCGACGUUGGAAUGCCACUGCCGGAGGCCCAACGUUACUUCAAUCAACUGCUGGCCGGAGUCGAGUACCUGCAUAUGCGAGGCGUGGCUCACCGUGACCUCAAGCCAGAAAAUUUGCUACUGGACGAGCACGACAACGUUAAGAUAUCGGACUUUGGAAUGGCCACCAUGUUUAGAAUGAAAGGCCGAGAACGGUUGCUGGACAAGAAGUGUGGAACACUGCCGUACGUGGCCCCCGAGGUAUUGGUUAAACCGUACCGGGCAACACCGGCCGACCUCUGGUCCUGCGGGAUCAUCCUAGUCACGAUGCUUGCUGGAGAACUGCCCUGGAACCAGCCAUCGUCCGGCUGUGCCGAGUAUCUCUGCUGGAAGGACAACAAGUACACUACCUCGACGCCCUGGUGCAAGCUGGACACGCUGACGCUGUCGCUUCUGCGAAAGAUUCUGGUGCCUAAUCCGGCGCAACGAUUGACGCUAGACAAACUGCAAGACCACAAAUGGUGCCACACGCAGUUUCACUUGCAAGGUAUUGCCGACAUCGGUGCCAACAACGGUGGCGCUGGUAUGGGCACUGGCUGUGACGUGAUCGACGGUCGGCCCUCGCCCCGUGCUAAGCGACUGUGUUCGAAUCAGGACAUUUCAACGCCCCUGGACGACUCCACGUCGCGCAUGUGCCAAUCGCAGCCAGUGCCAACGUUGGUACACACCGAACGUGAGGUGCACGGCGUCGAGGAGGCCAUCGAGGCCCGCCACGGUUUCUGUUUCUCGCAGCCCACCAUGCUGGAUGAUCUGAUACUGUGCACCCAGCUGAACCCGACACAAAGUGUCGGUACGCAGCAGCAGCAGUCGCAGAACUCCUUCCAGCGGCUGGUCCGGCGGAUGACGCGCUUCUUCGUGUCGACGCGCUGCGACGAAACGCUGAAGCGUCUAUCGGCCGCCCUCGAGAAGCUGGGCUACGGGUGGAAGUCGAACGACGAGGGAAUCAUCACCAUCUCCACGAUCGACCGGCGGAAGGUACAGCUCACCUUCAAGGCGAACAUCGUCGAGAUGGACGGCAAAAUACUGUGCGACUUUCGGCUCUCGAAGGGCUGCGGGUUGGAGUUCAAGCGUCGCUUCAUCAAAAUCAAGCAAUGUCUUGCGGACAUUGUGCUCAAAGGACCGGUAACGUGGCCGAUCGCGAUCGCUACCAAUUCUGUGCCUUAGUCUGUCUAGAGGCGCGCUACAUGCCGUGUUCCUCGCUGGUGCGGGCUUUUGCUUUCGUUUGUUGUGCUCUGUGAGCGCGCGAGGGUUGUAAAGAGAUGUCAUUGCAGGUGAUUUUAAAACUUUGUAAAAUAAACGCCAAAAACAAUAAGAAUCACAGUGCUAUGGAGAUAGGGGCGCACAGAAACACAGGUAUUUUGUUGAGCUCCAUGACGAAAGGAUGUGCUGACACGGUCGAUUAUAACAUUUGUAUUUUCGUUGUUUCUUAUUGAACUAGACACGGCACGGAAACGGUGUUUAUUAUCAUAAUAUUUGAAAAAAACAUGGAUAAUAUGGUGUUUUGGUCAAUUUUAAAAACAUUGCACGAUUUAGAGAGCGCCAAAAUUCAUCGGUAAGGAGAGUUACAUGGACAUACGAAUAGGACGGGAUAGAACAAACAUUGGUGCUACACUUUUAGAGGAAGUUUAUUGAGAAACUGCCCGCGAGCGGGCGGCGUUUGGGAAAACAAACAAAAAAUUGGUUUUAUCUCAUUCAAUCAGAUCGCUCUAUUGUUAAACUUGCUUUUCUGUACCUUGUCUAUCUUUUUUGUCAGUAGUUAAGACGUAACUUGUUUCUCUUAUUCUUCUCAAUACACAGCCGCUUAAUCUCCCACUAACUAAUGGGGAUUUAUUUCUAUUUUUACGUACUUUUAUAAAUUUUUUUUUCUACACUCGAUCUAUACUACCAUACAGGCGUAAAUGUUAAGAUAUGAGCUGUUCUUUCACGCAAAUCGACUACUUAAGUUCUACGGAUUUGUUACUGUUACUAUAUGUUCUCUUUCUAAUGCGUGCCCUCCUUGAAUUGCGGGCGGAAGCGAAUUUCUUUUCUGUACCAUUGCCAUAUUUCAUGUUCAUAAAUUGUUUGAACCGUUUC